AUGUUACAGAAAACAACUUGUCGUAUAUUAAUGUGCAGACCAACAUAUUUUAAAGUUUUCUACGCAAUUAAUCCGUGGAUGGCGGUGAAUAAUCCUGUCGACACCAAGAAAGCGACGAAUCAAUGGAAUAAAUUGAAGGAGACAAUAGAGAAUUGUGGCGCAAAGGUUGAGGUCAUGGAGCCACCCGAGGGCGCCAAAGAUGUACCGGAUCUCGUGUUCACCGCCAAUGCAGCGAUAGUGAGAGGAGAUCAAGUGUAUUUGGCGAAUUUUACUCAUGCGCAACGGAAAGCCGAAUGGAAAUUUAACGACAAAUGGUUCCGACAGAACGGAUUUUACACUCAUUUUAAUCCAAAUAUACCUCAUGAAGGUACUGGCGACGCUCUUUGGUGCUGCAAACGCAAAGUGCUGAUCGCUGGAGUCGGUCCGAGAUCUGAUGUCCGUGCGUUACCUGAUAUUCAAGAAAAGCUGCAGACUGAAGGCGAUGAUUUUCAAGAUAUGUGGGAGUUCGUCUGGUGGGUGACAGGCACGUCGCGUGACAAUCUGAAAAUGCCUUAUUUCCAUUGUUUCAUUCACGAGCCCUUCUAUACUCAUAUGUGUUCCCCACGUUGUUGGGUGGAGGACCGCGGCAAGCCAUCGCCGUGCAAAGCG